GACAAAAGCGCCGGCCGUCCCAUAACAUUAUCUUUGGAGAAGUAUUGAGAAGAUAUUGAGGGAAAAUGAACGGUGUGCGCAGUGGGAAACCUGUGUGCAGCCCACCGCUGCAGCUCUUCAACUGCGCCCACGCUGACUGCGGAGCGACUUUCACCAGACAGUGGAGACUGAAGGAGCACGAGACGAUGCACACCGGAGCGCGCCCGUGUCUGUGCACAAUUGCCGGCUGUGGUCGUCGUUUCUCGAGAAAAUCCCACCUGAGCCGCCACAUGCUCCAGCACAGAGGGGUGAAGCAAUUCCAAUGUAAAUUUGCGAGCUGCACGCAGAGUUUCAUCCACGCAGGCAAGCUGAAAAGACACGUGCGCUACGCCCACGGAGACAAAACCAAGUAUUUCAAGUGUACCCAGCCUAACUGCUCCUCGACCUUCAAAAAACGCAGACUGUUCAAACUGCACUUAAAGGAGCACGGAUCACCUGCUAAGUUCAAGUGUACCAAGAACGGAUGUGCUGCCACGUUCGACUCCCAUAUCGCCCGCAAAGCCCAUGAGAAGAAGCAUGCAGGUUACCGCUGCCCACACGCUAAUUGCCAGGUGUUUGAACGCACCUGGGGAAAACUUCAGAAGCACAAGGCAAAACAUCCAGCCACGUUCACAUGCCAAGUGUGCAAGAAGGUGUUUAAGAAAGUGGAUGCUCUGCGGAGACAUAAGCGGAUCCACGCUUCCCAUAAGCCUGUGCUGGUUUGUCCCAGGGACGACUGCCAGGCCUACUUCUCCACAACCUUUAACCUGCAGCACCACAUCCGCAAGGUGCACCUCGGGCUCCUCAAAUACAAAUGCUCCUUCCCCGACUGCACACGCACAUUUGCUAUGCGGGAGAGUAUGACCAGACACCUGCUUCGCCAUGACCCUAGCGCCGGCACUCUGAAGAAACGUCAACGACCUAAGAAGUCGUGGCAGAAGCGUUUGGACGGACACCAUCUGCCCCUUGUUGAGGAAAACUUGCGAGGCCUCUUCGCCCUGCGCAUGCGGAUCUCCCGACGUGUCAAAGUGGAAACCAACCUCUCCGGCCUCUUCAAUGAGCGCAAGAUCCCUCACUAUGUUGACCCCGAAGUCAAUCUGCGCAGUCUGUUUGGUAUCAAACAGCCUCGUCCUCUGGAGGAGAAGCCUCAGGUUGCGCCGCUAAAAGGUUAAAUAAAAAUCCAACCAGGCCAGCAGCACAUUUUGACUGUUAAGUUUGAACUUCUUGAAAUAUGUGCAGACUUUUAAGUUGGACUGUUUCUUUAAUUACUGAGAAAUUGGGUCCCCUUGGUUGAGUUUUUUAUUAAUGUAGCUGACAUACAUUAAAAUAUUUGAAUUAUUUGAAUGUCACUUGACACAUUGACCAGGAAAUUUCAGAUUGAAUUCUGCUUAAAGACAACAGGUCUUAAUUGAAAUGCUUAUUUUUGUAACAUGACGUGUUGACCCAAUAAAAUGAGUUGCAUUUUGAUCAA